AUGGGCAGCGUCGUGGUGCUAUACACAUGGAUGGUCCGGGGCCACCUCCACCCCAUGGCGCAGCUCGCCGACCGCUUGGCGGGCCACGGCGUUCCCAUCACCAUGGCCAUUGCCGACGUCCCGUCGUCCAGCAACUCCCAUGAGACCGUCGCCCGUCUCUCUGCCACCUACCCGUCCGUCUCCUUCCAUCUCCUCCAGCCGGCAACCGCCCGUUCCGGCGACGAGGCCGACCCCGACGCCGACCCCUUCAUCACGCUCAUCGCCAACCUCCGCGCCACCAACCCCGCGCUCCUCGCGUUCGUGAGGUCCCUCCCGUCCGUGAAGGCGCUCGUCCUCGACUUCUUCUGCGGGUGCGCGCUCGACGCCGCCGCGGAGCUCGGACUCCCGGCCUACCUGUUCUUCACGUCCGGCGCGUCCCCGCUUGCUGCCUAUGUGCACAUCCCGGUCAUGCGGUCCGACGUCUCCUUCGGGGACAUGGGGCGCUCGUUGCUGCACUUCCCCGGGGUGCACCCAGUUCCUGCCUCGGACGUGCCUGAGGUCCUGCUCGGUCCUCACAACGAGCAGUACAAGGCAACCAUUUCUCUCUUCGAGCAGCUGCCCAGAGCGAAGGGCAUACUAGCCAACACGUUCGAGUGGUUGGAACCCCGCGCCGUGAGGGCAAUCGAGGAGGGCAGCCCCCGCCCCGGCGAGCCAGUGCCGAGGCUGUUCUGCGUCGGCCCGUUUGUGGGCGAGGAGACGGGAAGCACGAGUGCUUGA